CGUCCACCUCCAUGAGGAUGCUGGAGCGCGCUCAGACGGACGGAGGCGAGCGCAUCGGGCCGCCUGAAACCACCCAUAUUUUACAUUGUCACUUUUCUAAACUUGCAAGAACUAUGCAUGGGAGUCGAUGCUGAAUAUACCUGCGCGGACUUCUUCUGUAUGCCGCCGUUCCUCCUACUCGUCAGCUGCAUCAGCUGUUGCUUUGGGACAAGUGAAGGCGACUCCCACUCUACGGGCAUCGGAUACGGGCAUCACACCACAAUGCGUCCUCUGUCUCCCUGACUCCUCCUAACACAGCGGAUGCUGACUGCCUCAUUAAUAUUUAAUCAGCACCUGGUAUCACAGCAGCAGCAACUCGUCUCUUCUGAUGGAGAAAGCACACGCACAACAAGUACAGCCUCAGCUGUCUGGAUCAGAAAGUCCUGCAGAAGACAUCUCCAACCUCACGGACGAGGAGCUGCUCCAAUGGACCAAAGAGGAGCUGGUGCGGCGACUCCGGGCGUCUGAAGCCGAUAAAAUAAGCGUUAUUGUGGAUCACAGCAAUCUGAUUCGGGAAGUAAACCGCAGCCUACAGCUGCAUCUGAACGAGAUCCGGGGGCUGAAGGAAGUAAACCAGAAGUUGCAAGAUGACAAUCGGGAACUGCGAGACUUGUGCUGCUUCCUGGACGAUGACAGGCAGAGGGGCAAACGAGUGUCAUGUGAAUGGCAGCGUUUGGGCCGUUUCAGUGCCAGCGUCAUGCGUAAGGAGGUGGCACUGUACCUCCAGAAGCUGACCGAACUAGAGCGCAGGCAAGAGGAAGUGAUUCGGGAGAACCUGGAACUUCGGGAGCUUUGUGUGCUGAUGGACGAGGAGAAGGGAGGCAUCGGAGGAGGCCACAGUGGGACAGGUUCUGCUGGGUGUCGGAAUUCCAUUGACAGCCAGAGUGGGCUCCUGGUACCUGGCUUGAUGCGGGACAUUGGUGAUGGAAGCAGCACGUCUAGUGCAGGAAGUGCUGACAGCUCUGAGCAUCCACAAAAUAAGCCGGCACCAUCUAGUGGAGGAACUGGGAGUAGCAGCCCGGAUCUCCACAAGUCUCGUCCUGGGAAAGAAGGCAGAGGAGAUCGUGGGGAGAUCUCCAGCCCUGACCCUCCUGUCCGACACAGAAGCACCAGCCUGGAGUACCCCUUUGUACUACCCCAACCCUGCCGGCCUCGCUGUGGCUCCAUAUCUGUGCCUGAUCAUCGGCUGAUUAGAGGGCUGAGUCCAGAAAAGUACAGCAGGUCGCUGGGCCACCGGAGCCCCGAGACUCACCCAAAGCACCAUCUGGCUCCAGGGCAGGCAAUGAGUCCAGAGCUCUAUAUCCGGAGGCACAGGGGCAGCUUAGGAAGUGGGCCUGGAAGCCCAGAGCCUAGGCAGGUGCUGCUAGGAGCGUCUGAGCUCCAUCUUGAAAAAAGUAAGCUUGGUGGAGGUAGUCCUGAGAUGCUGAGGCACCAGUACAGCAUGAGUCCAGAGCAUGGGAAGUUUGGCAAACCUGGUAGAGAGAUGUCACCACGGAGACUGGCAGGAGACGAGCUUUUGCCACACCAUCGGAGCAUCUACAAUGGCGUGAAUGCUUUGAUAUCAGCAGGCUGCUGCAGCAACAACUGCAGGAAUGUGAAGAUCUGGGACAGUUUUGAUGGGUCCUCUUGACGUAUUUGCUUGGACGGUCAGCGGUGACACAGGGGCCCUAAGGGCCCAUCUCUCACCAGUCAAUUCUUUCAUCUCGUACGCCGGGCCGAGCAGUCAGGGCCCCAUUUCUGAUACAGGAGGUUUUCUCUGCAGUUCUGUUCUGGUGUAAGAAGACGCUCACACAAACCACAGAAACAAACAUACCCAUAUACGCAUACACAGAGCUAUGAGUAUCUAAAUGUUCACUGUGGUUUACAGAGGCUUAAAAGUAAUGCAUUUGGGUAAUCAAACACUAGAACCAUCCCUUCUUUAUAUCUGUGUCUCUGUAUUCCUCUAUCUCUCUGUGUCAUUCUAAGUAGAAAUAGGACACAUGAAACAAGAUGCUGUGGCUUUCUGAAGGUGCUUACCUGCCCUUGAUGUUUAUUUAUGCAGUUCAUUUUCCACAAAAGCUAUCUAUAAUACAGUAUGUGACCAAAAUCACUGGCAUUAAUAUGGAGUUACACAAGAUGCACAAUUAUCUAGAAUUUCAUUGCAUAGAAUUAAAUGGGCAAACCCAUUAAAUAAAAGGGUGUUCACAUACAAGUGGCCAUGUUGUGGAACUCAAUAUUCAUUUUUCAUCCAGACUUCUACAAAGACAUAUCAGUAUCAUGUUUGCUAGGUUUUUAAUAUGUUGGAUCAUUCUUUACAUGACUGAUGCCAGUGUGUGUCUGCUUUAUGGACAUCAAUGAAUACAAAACGGACUAUGUACAUGUUGUCAGUGACUGAACAACCUCAUCAGUGUCUUGCACUGAUUCUGUGUGUGUAUGUAUGUGUGUUUAUUGGCUUUAUUAUUAUUCCCUCCCUUCAAGCUCCUAUAUAAGCUGAU